CGUGAUCUGUAUAAAAGAGACCCCUGUACUCUCUCUGCCUGUCUGAUGGGCUUUUUUGACUUUCAUCAUGCUUCUACUGCUGUCCCCGUUUUGUCUCCUUCUCCAGGAGCUUUUCCCUCCUACAGGAGCGUCUGAGAGCGGUAUCCUGGGAGGGGAGACCGCCAAGCCUCACUCCCGGCCCUACAUGGCCUCCCUGCAGGUCCGUGGUGCUCACACAUGUGGGGGCUUCCUCAUUCGGAAGGACUUCAUCCUGACUGCAGCUCACUGCACAAACGAAUGCAAAGAAAUCACAGUGGUUCUUGGCGGCCAUAAUAUCUCCAACAAGGAAGAUUCCCAGCAGAAGAUAGCAGCAGAAAAGUGUCAUCGACAUGGUCUACAUACAUUAGACAGAAAUGAUUUUGACAUUGCACUGAUAAAGCUCAGGAAAAAUGCCACUUUGAAAAAGGGUGUGAAGUGCAUAAAGCUGCCAUCUGAGGGGGAAAGUAUCUCAAGUCGCACCCAGUGUCUGAUUUCUGGGUGGGGAAUGAGAAAACCAGGUGGGGUAGCGGAGAAUAUCCUUCGAGAAGCCGCCGUUUCCAUCCAGACUGAUAAAGAGUGCAAGAAGAUGUGGCAGCAGUACUUCCAGCCCAAAAGAAUGCUGUGCACCUUUGAUAGGAAGAAGGGAAUCUGUCAGGGUGACUCAGGUGGACCCCUUGUUUGCAAGGACAAGGCCUAUGGAAUUGCAGCAUUAACAGACCCCAAUUGCAGUCUGUCAUAUCCCGACAUUUACACAAAGGUUUCCUCUUUCAUCACCUGGAUAAAAGAAACAAUGAAUGAUAAAUAUUAAAUAAAAUGCUCAAAGAAGAAAAAAAUAUAUAACACCUAAGGCCAUAUUUUUUAUAAGUUAUAAACACAUUUAUAAUUCAUUAUAAUGCAUUCAUAAAGCAUUACAAACAUCUAUAAUGCACUAUCUAUAGUGCAUUAUAAGCUUCAUAAAGCAUUCAUAAUGCAUAAUACAUAGCUAUAAUGUGUUAUGUCUAUUGUUGAAUGUUUAUAAUGCUCUGUGAAUGCAUUAUUAUUAUUUGUUAUGAAUGUGUUUAUAAAUUAUGAAAAACAUGGCCUUAAGGAAAUUGUUACCAAAAAAAAACAUUAUAUUAACAUAUAAUGUAACAUAUAACCUAUUAUCUCCUAUUUGACAUGCUUGCAUAUAUCCUUAAAGGUUUUUUUUAAUGCUUGUAUGACAUCUUUAUAUUGUAUUCACCUGUCUAGCACUCUUUUGAUACUGUUAUAGUGUGCCCAACCACAAUAAAAUUCAAUUUUUAAAAUAAA